CUGUGUGUUUAGGAAUGGUCAUAUUGCCAUGUUUUGUGUUGUUAAACUGAGAAAUGACAUGACACACGUUGAUGAUGUUGCAGGAUAUUUGUCAAGUGAAGUUAUUGAUGCUGAAGGUUGUGAUGUAAAGAACAGGUGGAGUCAGUCACAUCUAUAUUAGUUUUGGUCAAACACAUCUGGAGCAUCAGAGUCGGUCAGACACUGAGAGUGAAUCAUCACAUAAUCAUUCUGUUCAGAGAUCAGCACUAAGAUCGGCAGCAUGUGUUCCACAGCUGGUUGUUUGAUUCUGGCCAUUCUCCUUGGAGCAUCCAUGUCGAAGGCAGCGAUUGAGGUCAAAUUUGCAAAGAUGAGUGCUGAUAUGCAGAAGGACGCUCAACACAAGCUGCUUGUGGCUCAGCUUGUAUACAAAGGGAACAACGAGAUUGCUAACUACAUCUCGAAGGAAUUUGGGAAAAAGCAUGGAGGCACCUGGAACGCCGUUGUGGGGAUCUUUGGUAGCCACCUUACGAGCAGUAGUUAUAUCUGUUUCUAUGAUGGCAGCAAAUAUAUUAUGCUCUUCAAGCACUAGAUGAGGAACAGUAACAGUUCAAUACAUCUUAUAAUAAAGUGCUGGAGGUUGUAAUAAACUCAAGAUCAGAGAUGUGAGUUUCUGCUGUGAAAUCUGAUGAUUUUUAUGAAGUAAAUGUAAGAAUAAAUGUAAUGUUGUUAGUAAUAUUUCAAGAUGAACGCUUACUAAACCAAAUCAUCCAAUUAUCAUUUUUUAUAAUAAUCAUGUUCAAAUGCGAGUAUCAAAUAUGAUUUUUUAUGUAUGUAUCUGCUAUAGGCUACUGUUAUAAAGAUCUCACUGAUUUACAUUACAAACAUCAGAAUUUAAUCUUACUUUUUAUCCAUAUAAAUAUCAGCAUCUGCAACAAAUUUAAUAUUUUUGCUGUUUGUGCCUCUGAAUAAAAUUGAACUGUUUGAGUUAUUCUUCGAGUAUGAGCUCAAUAUUCUCAGUAUAUCAUAUAUAGUCUUCAUAUAAUAACUGAGCCAUAAAAUAAUAUGUAUAGAAAUAAAAUAUGAU